UUUAGCAACAGCAGCUGUGAUAAAAGCCCCACCUCUGCAGGUGGAUGUGACCCGCUGUACCCUGGAAAGAGGGUCCAGUGUAUGUAUCUCUCCGUUGCAAAGGAUAACAACAUGGGACUGCUGUCUGACCCAAACAGAAGACGGGCUCUGAUAAGCCUGUUAACCCGCCUCAAUGCCCCAAUCUGUGUGGUCUGCUACAUGGCGGGUGUGGCCUGGUUCAUGGGGUUGGCAUUUGAGCCAUUCACUCUUCGGACGUACAUGUCAGAGAAUGCCAUGGGGUCUACCAUGGUGGAGGAGCGCUUUCCAGCCGGGGAGAGGGCACUGGCCACUGCCAGAGAGUUUUCAGCUCAUAAGAAGAAAGCAGGUGGGAUGCCAGUGGAUUGGCUGGUGAAGACCAUGCAGGCUCGGGGGCUGGAGGUGUUCACCCAGAGUUUCUCUCGCAGGCUGCCCUUCCCUGAUGAAAACAAAGAGAGAUAUAUGGUGAAAGGCACAAAUGUAUAUGGGAUCCUUCGAGCUCCCAGAGCGCCACGGACUGAGGCCCUGGUGCUGAGUGCCCCCUGCACCCCGGGCGACAACAACAACCAGGCAGUGGGGCUGCUGCUCGGCUUGGCACAGUACUUCAGGAAUCAGAUUUACUGGGCCAAGGACAUCAUCUUCCUCGUGAACGAGCACGAUUUGAUCGGUAUGCAGGCGUGGCUGGAGGGUUACCACCACACCAACACUACAGGUAUGGACUGGUCUCCACUUCAAGGUCGUGGUGGUUCAAUCCAGGCAGCUCUGUCCCUGGAGCUCAGCAGUGAUGUCGUCACCAGUAUGGACCUGAUACUGGAAGGCCUCAACGGUCAGCUCCCGAACCUGGACUUAGCCAACCUCUUCUAUGCUUUCUGUCAGAAGAUCGGAGUCCUCUGCACCAUCCAGGGCAAGCUGCAGAGGAAUGACUGGGACAGCGUGUCGGGCUACAGCCACUCAGUCCAGACCAUGAUGCUGAUGGUCAUGAAGCAGGCCAGUGGGCGGCCUUGGGGGGAUCAUGGCCUUUUCCUGCGAUACCACAUUGAGGCUGCCACCAUCAAGGGCAUCAACAGUUUCCGCCAGUACAAGACUGACACCACCACCAUUGGCAGGCUCCUGGAAGGAAUGUAUCGUAAGCUGAAUAACCUCCUAGAGCGCCUUCACCAGUCCUACUUCUUCUACCUCAUGCCGUCCCUCUCUCACUUUGUCUCCAUUGGCUACUACAUGCCAGCCUUCGGCCUCCUCGCCAUCAUCCUGCUGCUUCGUGCCUUAGACCUGUGGGUUCAACUGGCGACUCCACCACCAAGAACAGAAGAUGGAGUCGCUGACGCUGAGCAGAUGUCCAGUCCAGGAGUGCUGUCAGUGUUGACUCCUCUGGUGAUCAGCCAUAUGACUGGAGUAGCUCUGUACACCCUGCCAAUCCACUUUCAGGAGAUGGCUUUGGAACACUUCCCGGUGUCUGAGACCGAGGCUGUGGUCCUGACAGCUAUUGCCGUUUACACAGCCGGCCUGGCUUUGCCUCAUAACACACACAGGCUCCUGUCAGGCGAGGGGACGGAGCAGGGCUGGAAAGUGCUGAAGCUGGUGGCUGUGCUGUACCUGGCCGUGCUGCUGGGUUGCACCGCCCUCAUCAACUUCUCCCUGGGCUUCAUCCUGGCUCUCAGCCUGGUGCCUGUGGCUGCCUUCGUCACACCCCACGUACCAAAGGCUCUGUCGGCGUUCAUCCUGGUCAUCCUCAGCCCGGCCUGCACGCUCCUCUUUUCCGUCUUUUUCUUCCAAGAGCUGCAGGAAAUGCCCAUCAGCUUCCUGGAUGGUUGGUUGCUGUACCUGUCAGUCAUCUCGCAGGGCAUCCUGGACCACUUCCUGUACGGCUCUCUGGUUUACCCACUCAUAGCCCUGCUGGUCUAUCCUUGCUGGCUGCUUUUCUGGAACAUCCUCUUCUGGAAGUAAACGCCAGUCAUACAGGACUACUGAAGGCUUUCAUGGGGAGAAAACCCCUCUGAGGUGUUCUCAGGUUUGUCUUCACUGUGGAAAUGUGAAUGACAGUUAAAUGCACUGGAGAGUUUGGAACAGAAGGUGGAUGUCUAUCUAUAGUUGAUUUGGAAAGAAUGCAGUGACUCUUUUCCUUUGACAUUGUUUGGUUCAGUGUGAACUCCAAGUAUUCUUUAACACAUUAGAGAAAAAAAAUCAGGUGUUCUGGAUAAUGGACUGUUUUGUACUGUACAUCUCAUUUACAAAUAAGUGGAAGGGGGUACGAUCUUUCCAAGAGUAGCUGUAAGUGUCACAGUUGAGUUGCUUUGUGUGAAAGACUUUUGUUCAAGGAUUUGUUUCGUGAUUUAAUGUGUGGUACAUAAUUACAAUUACUGCACAGCUUUUUAGCUCUUUUGUUCUAUCAGGCAGGAUGGUGAUGGAUGAAACAGCUGUUGAAAUGAGGGAUAGCUGCACAUCUGCAUCUCUUCAACAAGCCGUGACCACGUACAAUAUUUUUAUACUUGUUUUGAUAACUUUCUGCGGAACAUGUUUAUUUCAUAUUUAUAAAUGGCAAAUUAAAAGAGUGAAAAAGU